CUCUAUCAAUUCCAGGGCGGUCAGCAAAACUGUUGUUGAUUACACAUUCAAGUUGAUCAGUAUUUUAGCGUUACCGAUAGUAUUAAUGUUAUAACAAGUACUGAGCGUCCGUCAGUAUGAAGGCGGUGAUCCUCGCCGCAGGCUACGGAACCAGGCUCCAGCGGGACGUCGCGGCCGACCGUAGCGGGCGCUUCGCUCACCUGGUCGGCGUCGCCAAGCCGCUGCUGCCGGUGGGGAACCUCGCUCUCCUUAGCCACUGGAUCGGAGCACUGGCCGCCUCCAACGCAGUGGACGGAAUCUAUGUAGUGACCAACGCUCUUUACCUGUGUGCAUUUGAAGAAUGGGCCGCACACUUCCCAAACGUCAAACUUGUCUGUGACCACACCAGAAGCAAUGAUGAGCGUCUCGGUGCCAUGGCCUGCCUCCAGCUGACAGUGAAGCACUUCCAGAUCCAAGAUCAUGUCAUCGUGAUCGGAGGCGACACGCUGUUCAAAGAGGACUUCAGCCUCACUGAGAUCCAGUCCAGGUUUUCUGAGCUCCAAGCGGAAUGUGAGGACAACAGUUUGCUGCUGUCUUACCAAUGCAGAGACGACGAAACUCACAAAUAUGGAAUAGUGGAAAUCGAUAGCGAGUGUCGAGCUGUGUGUAUGAAGGAGAAACCGCUGCCCUCCGAAACCACGUCAAGAAGAGCAUGUCCUUGUUUCUACAUGUUGUCCAAGAAAAGUCUCCCUCUUUUGGACACCUUCCUCCAGGAAAAGAAGGAUGCUCCCAUGCAUGAAAAAGACGCCCCUGGGAACUUUGUGUCCUGGCUCAUUCCGAGGAAACCUGUGUAUGUAUAUGAGAUUAGCGGACGUUUUGAUGUGGGAAACUUACAGUCCUACGUGGACUGCGACCAGUAUUUCAAAGAAAAGCUCUAUGAUAUACACACAUACAUGGUGUAGA